AUGAGCACUCUGGCCACCCGUCCAAUAACACAUUCGCUACACUACAGUCAAGAGGUCCUGAACAGGGUCUCAUUUCUGAGAAAAGAUCCGCAAUUUCUGGAAGAAGCCUUGGCUCAUUCUGAGACUCAAUUUGUGCCUUUCAGCGACUACCUUCCACUUGUGAACGAACGCAAUGGCCUUUUGAUGAAACUGCACAAAUCGGAGGUGUUCAAAUUCAUGGGUCCCGAGAAGUUUGCCCAGAAAUUGAUAUUCUUAGGACUGUUAUUCUCAAACAAGUCGGAUUUCGUUUACAAGUCUAGAUAUAGAGGCACACCCACCUUUGCGCUAGACGUGAGUAAUCAUGAACUGGACGCUCUUUCGGAGCCCUUUGUGAAGCUUGGUUCCUUCAGAGACUUGAACCGACUAACACUCGAAGACUCCAGCAUUGUUUCCCAAGCGAGGAUGUAUUUGCAGUGGCUUGACUCCCACAACUUCUGCUCUAUUUGUGGAGCUAAGACGUUGCGUGUGUAUGCAGGAACACAGCUCAAAUGCUCGAACGGGGGCUGUGUCUCUAAUCACCGGGUUUCCAAUACGUGCUUCCCGCGGACGGAUCCUGUGGUGAUCAGUGCUAUCACGAACCGCGACAAUACCAAAGUUUUACUGUGUAAGUCUGGGGCCCCUAGAAACAAAGAGCGUAAACUGUACAGUUGUGUUAGCGGUUUUGUUGAUCCAAGCGAGACGCUCGAGGUGGCCGUAGCGCGCGAGAUUUGGGAAGAAACCGGUCUCACCACUGACAAAGUCGAGAUUCUCAUGAGCCAACCUUGGCCCUUCCCAAAUAAUCUCAUGAUUGGGUGCGUGGCUGUCUGCGACGACGCCCAAUAUCCGGAUUUGACGCAUGAUUGCGAGCUUGACGAGGUGCGUUGGGUACCUUGUUCCGUGCUAGAGCAAAUAUUGAAUCAGCAAGAAGGCCCUUCGGGAUUCAUCCAGGACGAGAACUCUGGACUCAAUCUACCUAACGAUAAGUCUGUGGCCCAUAUGUUGAUGAAUUACAUCGUUGAGAGAAGCAAAACUUCAAGUCACUAA